AUGGUCUCUAUCGAGUACCUCAGAGCGGCUCGCAUAAAGCAGCAGCUACGCACCUCCAAGUUCGACCUAUUCGGGGAUGAGGGCAUCCUUGACGGGUAUCCGCACAUGUCCAUGUUCAAGUUUCUGGACGAAGACUUGCCUCCUUUACCCGCGCCCAUUGGACCACCUAAAAAGAACUCAGUACCUGUUAGACCACCCGGUCUUCGGAGUCCUUGGUUGGAUUUUGUCGAGCUGCACCGUCCGCGUCCUCGCGACGUGCCCGCACAUAUAGAAGCGCUUGCGCGCUUUGAAGAGAUGGCGCAGACGAUGGACUGUGCCGAGUUUGUUGCGAACGGAAAAGGCAUGAAGAAGCCGGCAGCACGCGAACCUGCCUUCAAACCUCUCACAAAGGAAGAGCAAGCUGCGGCGCGAGCUAAGUGGGCUAUGAUUAAGGCGACGAAGCCCGAUCAACAAGAAGUGAAACGUGAACGCGUGUUCUUCACGCCCGAGGAGAAACUCCAGAUGCAAUUGGCGCACGAAAAUACCUCGAAAGGUCUGACCUGUAUUUCCCCCAGUUUCCUAGACAAUUUCCCGGGGUACGCAGCGAGUCAGACGCUUUUGGGACAUGGGCCACAUCCCGAAGACCUUCCGAAGCCGUCCUUCGUUUUGACGAGUGCUAGCAUUCGUCAGGUUGUACCCAAUACCAGUCCUACUCCACCCCUGCCAUUCCAGAGCAAGACCGAUAAUGCAGCCCAGGAGGGCUCUGGAGCUGGACCGCUCGAUUAUUAUGAGGAUGAUUACCCCAACUACUCGUGGUCGGAGCACGACAGCGACUUCGACGACGUCGAACAACUGGAAGAGGACAAUAGCCACAUCUUCCGAAAAUCAUUCGAUGAACAAUCCUCUGUGCAUGAGUACAGAGACCACGAGUACGAUGAGUACUGCACGGCGUCUGAAUAUUCAGGCUACGCUGCAGAUGACGAUACCUUUGGCGACGAGGAUGGUUCUGUGUACGCCGCAUCUGCGCGGGCGAGCCCUAAUCCAUUCGUCUUCCCGUGCCCAUAUUCAUCCACCGGGUCACUCACCUACUCUUCAUCCCCAUCUCCCACGGAUUGCGAACUCCCUGUAUACUCUGGAUCCUCCGAAGAAGUUGAGCAAGAGCUAUCACCGUCCACAGAAUGGUCGGAGUCUGAGGAAGUCUCCAAUGGAGCAACAAGGCUCCUCGAUCCCAAUUGCUACGCCAUGAUGGAAGAGGCCGGAGAACUGACUCACGAAAGAUAUCAAGAACAAACUGAAUUGCUAUUUCAUACCAUUUCGCUUUCCCUCUUGUUCUCUUUUCCUCUUUUCUAUUCCUCUGGGAAUAUGUACAAUAACUCGCCAUUUGCGAUCUCAUCACUGCGACGCCUCGACAUCGAGGGCCCAUCAUGGACGACAACACCCAGGCGCGGUAUUACCCCUUGUUCCAGCUGCCGGUCCGGCCGCCUCAUGCAUAACGAAGGCCGUCGACUUCUGGGCUCUUAG